AUAGUGAGAGGUGGAUGCAUUAACCAAUCACUAGUUAUCUAGACAAAGACUAAUAAUAUGGAAAUAUUGAUUCUUGAUUCAAAUUUGCAUCAUUAAUCUGACAGCUAGGUUUUAGGGAGAUGUUUUCAUGCAUGAGGUCAUGCAUGUCUAGGUAGCUGGAGAAGAAUAAAGAGUAGAAGAAAUAAGGUUUAUUACCAGUCAGAGGAAGCGUCUGUUUGCAAGACAAGUACAAGAUGAUGGGAAGUCCAAGAAGAGAAUAUCUUGAAGAUGUUGCAAUAAUUGCAGGGUUAAUUGGGAUGCAAUUUAUGUAUGCAGGAAACUCAAUUUUGGUUAGUUAUCUCAUGUUAACGGGAUUUACACCUGCAUCUCUCAUCAUCCUGUCUUCCUUGGCCACGUUUGUGAUUCUAUUGCCUUUCUCCGUAAUUUUUGAAAGGAGGCUGUGGCCAAGGAAAUUCCGUCUGAAGCUAUGGGUACAGCUGGUUUUAAUUUCUUUUGGAGGGGUGACAUUAUUCCAAUCUCUGUUCCUGAAGGGCAUCAGUCUUACUUCACCAGCAAUGGCAACAGCCAUGCCAAACAUUGCUCCAGGAUUCAUAUUUUUCAUUGCUUGGGCUCUCAGGUUGGAGAAAGUUGAGUUAGGCUGCAUAUAUAGCAAAGCAAAAAUUGCAGGAACACUGCUGUGUGUUGCCGGUGCUGUUAUAAUGAGCCUUACGCAAAGUACCUUGGGUAGUCAUAAAGCAAGAGAAGCUCAUUUAUCAGUACCACCUACACUGUCACGAAACUUAUUUGACGAGCGAAAGAUCAUGGGUUGCUUUUAUCUCAUGGCAGCCGUCUUCGUCCUAUCAAGCACUAUUAUCUUACAGGCUACAACAUUAAGGAAUUUCCCAGCUCCGAUAUCCUUAUCUACAAUAACAACUUUAAUAGGGGUGGUAUUGACUGGAAUUGCCCAGUUGAUUCAAGAUGGCAGAUUAGAUAUUGGAUGGCCCUUGUUAAGCAUCAAAGAUAUCAUGUGCUACUCUGUACUGGCAGGAAGCAUCAGUGGAGCAUGUGUUACCUUCAAUAUAUGGGCAAUGAAGAAAAGAGGGCCAGUUCUGGUGUCCAUUUUUAGUCCCAUUGGAACUGUCGUGUCGCUAGCCUUUUCAGUAAUCACCUUAGGAAGCUCCAUUACCGUAGGAAGUCUCGCAGGCAUGUCCAUCAUGUUUACUGGUCUCUAUAGUGUACUAUGGGCUAAAGGGAAGGAAGGAUUCUCCGAGAAUAACAACUCCUCAGAAAGUGAGUACGAUGUGGAGAAGCCUCUCUUAUCUUGACAUUAUCUACUUUGAUUGUUUAGAUGUAAUCUAUCAACUAUUAUUGUACAGGAUAGGGAACAUAUCCCCAAGAAUUGGUGAUAUGAAUUUUAGGUUCGAUUAAGUUAUAAUGUGAUAUACAAGAACAGAAAACUAAAGAUCCCAGAUUAUAAUUUCAGACAGAAAAUUACUAA